GAGACGCAGAAGGAAUGACAGCCCUUCAUAGAGCUGCUGAGACUGGUGAUGCGAAGGAAGCUCGAAAACUCAUCGACAAUGGAGCCGACGUUAAUAUUGAAAAUAAUGUGAAACAGACACCUCUUCAUUAUGCUGCAAUGAAAAGCCACACAGAUGUCGCUAAACUUCUCAUCGACAAUGGAGCCAAGGUUGAUAGUGUUAUAUUAAAAAGCUUAUUGUUCGGUUUUCGUAAUUUGUUCUUCCCUCGCGAUUGAAGAGAAAAGUAUUUUACUAUUGUCUUCUUUUUAAUUAAAAUAUGUUUUUC